GGGCUGAUCAAAGGGCACCAGGAUCAGAUGAGCUUCAGAGCAGGCUUCUAGAGCUGUAAGCAGAAGGCACAGGGUCACUGAGAUACAGGAACCGACUGCGACAUGGAUGACCAUUCCCCUCACGCCUUUGGGCUAUGUCUUUUUCAUGAAUUUAAACCUGCUGCUCAUAGUACAGUUCCCAGCACCAAAAGGCUGUUGGAUUCCACAGAGCAGGUUCAGGCCCUGCAGUCAGCUAAGAAAGCUUGUGUGUUGGGUCAUCACUGUAGCACUCCAGAUCCAUCAGAGAAACUGCUGCUCUGUUCCCCAGGUUCUGCCUGCUUUCAAGGAUCCUCUCCUUUUCUGGAUGAUACUGGCCAUGACGACCUUGUUGCCAGUUCUUCUGCGUCAAAAUACGAUGAUGUAGCCAUUUCUCUAGAUGCAACCAGAUGUUUUGAUGAUAGCGAGCCAGAUGACUCCUUGUUGGAACUGUCAGACAGCGAAGAAGGGAACUCUCCUUUCAAUUACACUGAGGAAGAGAUCCAGGAAAUCUUGGCAGAUGAUUGCGUGGAAUUUGAGCGGUACCUAACUAGAAAAAGCACUCUGAGCCAAAAUGUAAAUGGAGAGAGUAAAAAGGACGAGAGCAGCAGCUGCACUGGGGCAUCAGUCAUCAGCGAAGAUGCAAACGUAGCCUCGGAGGUCGCAGAGGAACCAAAUGUUCCUCUGUCCAGAGAGUGUUCUUCAGUCAGUUCUGAUAACGGCUGUUAUCCUAGCCGUUUGAAUGAAAGUGCUAGCUUGGAUGAGAACCAUCUGCAGUCAGCCCAAGUAACUCGCAUGUUGUUUGACCUUGACAUUCAGGAGCUUCUGAGUCUUAGCCCAAUUGAUGCUGACUAUGUAGAUCAGCCUCUGGAGGACAACUGCUUGGAGGAAGCCGAAAGAGAAGCUUCAGAAGCAAUCGUAAAUGAUUGCCUAGAGUAUGAUAAAACCGCUAGUAGCUGUGUUCUCGAAGAAUCCUCGGAGGGGCUGGUGUCUAAUGGCCGGCAAAGCCUGGGUGUGGAUUGCCUGGGAAAGACUCCCUUUGCGAGCAGAGAUGUGUCUAACUUCUGUAGGGAUCGUGUGGAAAGAUCCGUGCCCUCCUCUGACCUUGCCUGUGGCCAGAGGACAGCUGAUGAGAGUUCAGCACCUGUGUUGAUGGUGUGGGACACCUCGGCUUCUGGGUCGAGAAACCAAGAACUUUCCAAAGAAGCAGAGAGCUGUUUUUCAAGGAAAUUAGACUCUCCAGAGGAUGAUGGGGCGCAGGAAUCUUCAGAAGUUGAACAGCCAUCAAACAGCGUUAAAUUAAGUGAUACAGCUGUAGGCCAGAUUGGGCAGGAAGAGACAACCAGUGGGAAGAAGCCUGGCAAAGUUAUUCCUGUGCCACAGGAGGAGGAAAGACUGAAUCAACGGACGUGCAUUUCGGAAGUGGAGCUUGAGCAAAAGAAACAUUUAUAUCCAGAGUGUGCACGUCCGUAUGAAGAAAAGAGUAGCUCCUACACCAGACGUAUGUUCUGAGUCACAGAAAAUC